AUGGAUGAACUUAUAUUUCUUUCCGAACCUAAGAGUGAGGAGCACUUCAGCCCAUACCAAGAAGCGCUCUUCCCCAGGCUUGCCGACGACAAAUGUUCUCGCGAUGAAGCUCAGGUCAUUCUCAAAGGACACCUCCCAGACAUAUAUGGCAAGUAUGAGGCAUUCCUAAAAAGCAAGAAACCAUCGCCUGCUCUGCCGCAUAUGCCGGCCUUUGAGCUUCGCCCUUGGCACCUGCCCAUUCAAGUACAGGACUGGUUUAUAAAGGCCUUGCCAUUCAUCAACGGUACGGGUAAGGGUCGGCCCUCCUCGCUCGUCCUUAUUGGACCGCCCGGAUGCGGGAAGACUACGUUGGCUCUAACCUUUGGCCACCCGGCUUUCAUGGUAGAUCGCUGGGACGUGGGUAAGGUGCGGAGGCCCGGCAUCACUCACGUCGUGCUGAAGAACGUCGACUUGCAAAAUCUGUCAUGCAAGCGGCACCUGGCUGGCUAUCAAAUGCAGCUUUUCGUCGAGGGACAAGAUGGAAGAAGCAUGACCAUACCUUUCGGACGUCCAGUCAUUUGGGUAUGCGACCCAGAUAUAAGCCCUCUCAAUGAUCCAGAGGUGGGACCAUAUAUGACCGACCCUGGCUCUGGCACCGUCAUCGUGAAUAUCACGGAUAAGUUAUAUGAGUGA